GCGCUUCAUACUUUAGCGCUGACAUUAAAAAACCUGAAAACGCGCCGCGGCUUUUUAAUUUCCCUCUCAGUGUGUCCUGCAGCUUUUGCCACUCAUCUGGAGCAGCUGGUGCUCCGCUUCAGCAUCAUCCCUCUGUUGGACUGACACCCCCCUCCCCUCUCCUACCCCAUCUCUCCUUCUUGCCUGCACGUCCCCUCCUCCCCUCUUUUUCUCUCUUUCUCUCUCUCUCCGCUGGAACGCACGUCCAGGGGAUCCACUCACGCUUUCUCCGUCUUUGCUGCUGCAGAACGGACCGUAAAGCUGCGAGCUGCCUCUUCUUCCUCCUUAACGUAACGGGACUCUGAUCACGCUCUACUUGGGACGACUCGUGCUUUGGUUGACUGGUGGAGAAACAAAAAUUAAAUUCCCCUUGUCUGUGCUAUACAACAGAAUCAGACCAGGUUGGAUCACAUAAGACAGAAAUGUUUGAUUAAAAGAAAAGAUUUUGACCCAAUUGGAGGAACUCGUCCCACUACAGACCCUGCAGGAUCUUCUGAUCUUCAGUAGCCGGCGUCCUCCGGUGGGCAGAAUUCUCAGGUCCUUGGAGGGCAUCGAGUAACGCAGAGUUUCAAGAUAUUACUUGGGUCAGCUGUACUCAGCCACAGUGUUACCAGAACCUGCCAAACCAUCUCUGCUUGUUGACAGACAGGCUUUCAUUGAUGAGGGCUGGUGGCUGAUCUGACAGCAUCGAAUUCAAGGACUACAGCCUUGCUCGGAGAAUUUCCAAUUCUGUUUUAUUGAGACGCACGACUGUCAGGGGCCAUGAGUUGCUGCUGGGGUGACGUCCUUCAAAACCCUUCGACGUGGAACACCUAAAAUGGGGACAAGAAUCUUUGCCAUGCCUCAAGCUCGGCUCUAAUUAUCAAGAAGAACCCCUCUCGCUUCACAUUUUUCUCCCGCUAGGAUUUGCCCCCCUUGCCCCCUAACCUGCAACCCCAUCUCGUUUUGAAUUUGAACUGCUCCUCUCUACAGUCACCUUUCUUUUUUACACCCUUUCCACCAAGGCGACAUCAAACACUCCAAAUUCAAACCAUGGCCAGAAAACUGUCCUUCCUGUCUCCCUCCCUCCUUCUUUCCAUCCUGCUUCCUGCACUGGUGAUCCUCCGCCUGCCUGCUUCAGUGAAAGGGGACUGCUGGCUGAUAGAGGGGGAUAAAGGUUACGUUUGGUUAGCCAUCUGCAGUCAGAACCAGCCUCCAUACGAAACCAUUCCCCAGCACAUCAACAGCACGGUUCAGGAUUUGAGACUGAACGAGAACAAACUCAAGGCGGUGCUCUUUACCUCCAUGUAUCGCUUCACAAACCUUACUGACCUCAACCUAACAAAAAAUGAGAUCAGCUACAUUGAAGAUGGGGCCUUUGCUGGGCAGUCAAACCUGCAGGUUCUUCAACUGGGCUACAACAAACUGACCAACCUAACUGAGGGAAUGUUGAGAGGUCUGGGCCGAAUGCAGUGCCUCUUUUUGCAACACAACCUCAUUGAAGUCAUUUCCACCAAUGCCUUCUGGGAGUGCCCUAGUCUUAGCAGCUUGGAUUUAUCCUCUAACAAGUUGGCCCGUCUAGACCAAUCUACCUUCACCGUUGUUAGCAGACUGAUGGUUUGUGAAUUGGCAGGAAACCCUUUCCACUGUGGCUGUGAGCUGUACAGCUUUCUGACUUGGCUAGAGGAGUUUAACAAUAUUACCCACACCUAUGACCGCCUCCAGUGUGAAACCCCCCCUGAAAUGAUGGGUUACCCACUUUUGAGCCCAGUGCCUGGACACGGAAGGAACGCUCGUCACAUUCUUUUGACCGCCUGUCGAGAUGGCGUCAUUAUUCCAGAGAUGGCGGGGAUGACCCCACAGAUGCCUGAUCCAGAUGGCUCUGGGAUGGGUUUGGACAAAGCAGACACGUUGCAGUACUUUACCGUCGUAACAACAGCUGAUCCUAACUACACCACACAGAUCACGAUGAAGCUUGAAACCGUCUCUCUUCACACUGCCUCUCUCCUUGUGCACAUUCCGAACCCUUACAGCAAGAUGUAUGUCCUCGCCCAGUACAACCACACAUCUGUUACAGACAUUCAAACUCUUAAAAACAAACUAGAGGAAAUUAACUUGGAGAAGCUGAAACCGCACACAAACUACACCUUUUGUGUGGCUGCUGUCAGUAAAUCCCAGCACUACAACCACACUUGCCUGUCGUUUACCACUCGGGCUAUGUUACCAGAGGACCACCAUACCAGUCCAUCUACAACUACUCACUACAUCAUGACCAUCCUGGGAUGUCUCUUUGGCAUGGUCAUUGUGCUUGGAUUUGUCUACUACUGCCUCAGACGGCGCCGUAUCCAGGAGGAGAAUGAAAAAAACAUAAGUGUGAAGAAGACAAUUCUGGAGAUGAGGUAUGGGCCAGAGGUUGCUGCAGCAGUGGCCAAUGACCCUAACGCCAUGCAGCGUCUCCAAGAACAGGCUCACCACCAGCACCAUCAUUCAGGAGGAGCUGGAGGCAAGCUUCCACCAUCUACCUCUUCUAGCACAGGAAUGCUUCAUGGAUCAGCCAACACCAGCUCCUCUCGCCUUUCCACUUUGCCACAGGUAGAAAAAAUGGCUAGUGCUUACUCUGACGCAAUGGGCAGUAAAAGCAACUACAUGGAUAUUAGGACAACGGGAGUGGCAGCAGAAGGUAGAGAUGGAGUUGUGGCUGCAACAGGACUAGCUAUUGGAGGAGAGGUAGUGGUUGAUAUGAGAGGUGGAGCUGAUAAUGGGAUGGAGGCUGGGGAGGAUUCAGAUGAUGACGGUCAUGGCUCAGCUUCAGAAAUCUCCACAAUCGCCAAGGAAGUGGACAAGGUGAACCAGAUCAUCAAUAACUGUAUUGAUGCCCUAAAGAUGGACGCAUCAUCGAAUGCUGUGGCUACAGCUGACAACGGCAACUCACUGUCCUCUCCUUGCAUUGCAUCCGUCCCCCGCAACUUCCUGCCCCUCUCUCCUGGCCACCUGGGAGAUCAGAUCAUGGCCUCUUCUCCAAAGGUGCAUCCAAAGUCUCAAGCACACCCUCAGCCUCACCCACAGCCACACUCUCAAACUCAUUCUCAGCCUCAUCUUCAGCCACACCCUCAUCCUCAUCCUCAGUCACACCCUCAUCCUCAUUCUCAGCCACACCCUCAUCCUCAUUCUCAGCCACACCCCCAGCCUCAGCCUCAUCCCCAGCCUCACCCACAAUUACAUCAGCAGCCCCAUCCAUCUAUGGCGCCAGUGCCCUUGGUCAUGCCCCUGUCUGAACGGCCUGGAAUCAGUGGAGGUGGGUUCCUUACCCCUCCUUACCGUGACCCACCCCCAGCUAAUGCAGUGCGGCCUCUUCAAAGGCAGCUGAGUGCUGACACAGCAGUUGUGAAGAACCGUUGUAGCACCCCUGCAUCAGGAACUGGCAAGAAUGCAAGAGUGUACAGUAUGGAAGUCCCUGAGCAACGCCACGAUCCACCCAAGUAUCCCUCAGAGAAGGGGAGUCCUGUUGCCUGUAGCGAUAGUGGAGGUGGAGGUGGAGGCACUGGUGGUGUAGGGGGCUGCAAUGGCAAUGGGAAGGGAAACCUGAAUAGUGGUGGGUUAAGUUUAAAUGGGGGUGGAAUUGGAUGUAAUAAUGGAAAUGGUGGUGGAUGUGGGGUUGUUGGCGCUGGACAGCAGCAGCAUCAUUUAGAGGUCCAGCAAGACUACCACAGCACAGAGCACCGGCACUCCUUUCCUGCACUCUACUAUGAGGAUGGUAAUGACCUGCCCUCACCAGCCCAAAGGGCCUCAUUUCUCAAGCCACGGGGGCGCACCAAAAGAGAUGCCACAGUCACCUAUUCCCAGCUCUCUCCUUCUCGUCACCACAGCUACAACUCUGGCUACUCAUCUAGUCCAGAGUACUCGUCUGAGAGCACACUGCGAAUCUGGGAGCGAUUUCGACCAUACAAGAAAAACCCCCGUGAGGAAGCAUCCUACAUAGCAGCAGGUCAUGCGUUGCGUAAGAAGGUGCAGUUUGCCAAGGACGAGGAUCUUCAUGAUAUUUUGGACUACUGGAAGGGUGUUUCUGCCCAGCAGAAGCUGUAAGCUGGAAAAUCAAAGGCUAAGACCCUUUGGAAGUUCUCUAGGUGAACAUCAACAGCAGACUAGUAAAGAGCAUAGAUGUUGUCUCUACAAGACAGACAUGGAUGGUUCCUAAGAGGCGUCUAGUGGCGUGGAUCACUCAGCCUAUAGGUCCAGAGUUCAAACGCUAUUCUCUCUGAGUGAUUUGAAAAUUUCAGUGAUACUUCAGUGACAUUUUUUGUGGUUGUUCCAGAUGAUCCUGCUUUUCACCACAACAGUGAGAGUAAGAACCAAGCAUUUUACAAGACUGCCUCAUACUGGGCACUUUGGUCCUCACAGGCUUCACUGACUUCUUUAGUUUGUUGUAAUUAGCAAAUUAGGGUGGUGACAAGCACCUUCUACCUCAUUACUGACACACUGUAGCUUUACUGUUUCACUAGAAAUCGCAGCAUUAAUGACUUAAGACCCGGCCAUCUUUUUCUUCCUAAUUCCAUCAAACUACCAUUUACAAAACAAUAAUUUCACGACGCCGCUUCCACUUUUCCUUCUACAGAAGCACCAUUUAGGGUGAUAAUGAGCGGACGGGAUGAAGAUUUAUUUGCAUUUGUAUUAGAAUGCCUUUCUUUAGGGAGGGCAUUAAAUGAUCCUUAUCAGGCUAAUUGUUCCCCCUGGCAAUUUGCCAGUGUAAGGGAAGGUCAGGGACACUAUUUGUUGAGCAUGCUUAUUGAUGUGAAACACCUAACUACAUAUGUUCAGUAAUGCACACAUACAGAUAGUGAAUGUUAGUGCGAGUGAUUACAUGUAUGUGGGAGGGUUGAGUUGGGGCUGAGGCAUUCAUUAUUCUCAGGCUCCUCCAUAUGAGCAAAGGGGAUAGUUAGAGUAGCGUAGUUGGAGAGUCAUGUUUGUAUUUUAAGGUGUGUGAAUGAAUAAAAGCUUUGCUCAUUCCGCAAAUGUAGAUGCGUGAAGCAAAUCUCUUCAUAACUUUGAAGCUUAUUUCCUAUUUACAGGUGUCGCACAUUUGGUUUGAUAAGCGAUAUUAGAAGCUUGAAAAUUUACAUUUCAAUAAUGUGAGUCGUGCAGAAAUGACUCCUGGGCGGGUUGUGAGGGCUGGAAAGGCAAACGUAGGCUCCUGUACUGAAGAACCCGGUAAUCACAUUAAGGACCUGAGCCAGACUGAGAGAAGGUUAGAGGCUUUCUGUAAACAUGCCAGUGUUAAGGUGAAGCGACGUGGUUCAGUGGGUUUUUGGCUGUAGAUUCAUCAGCUCUGUGCGGUGGGAAUAAAUGGUAAAACGAGUGAAGUCCCCGAGGUUCUUAUCAGCCUCCAACCUUAUGGCUCAACACACUCGCUAUGUGACCUCGAUCUGGUCUGAAGGAAAUAAAUAAAUAGAUAAAUGAUAGCUGGUAGCUUGCUAUGGACCAAAGUGCCCUUGGGAGGUAAGAUUUAGGCAGUUUCUCACUUAUUUACAUUUCUUUUCGUCUGAGGCUGAUUGUUGAAAUAAGGGAAGCAACUAACUGAAAAUCUGCUAUGUUGUGUUACAAAUACACGUUAACUGAAACAAAAAGGAGCAAGGCUCGGCACCGCUGUGGACCAAACAUAAGCAAAGGCUUUCAGAGACUUACAAAGUACCUGUGGAUAAUUAAAACUACUCUGUUUAGUCUAGCUAUCGCCACUUAUCCAAAAAAAAACACGAAAAUUUUUAAUUAUUAGUUGGAUCUGACCUUCUUUUGGCAUCACUUUUCAUUCCAACUAGCUUCAUCUUGAUCAGAUUUUUCCCCUAUGAUCUGUUUUUACCAACAAGGAUUAGAUUCGACUUUAAAAUGUCUGCUCAAUUCAUUUUCAGCUACUUUUGCGCUCUAGACACCACAUCUAUCAGACUGAACGUAGUGAAUUAUUGGCAAACAAGCAGGAGCUGAUGUUGUACCCUUGCUAGGGGUCAAAAGAUCAAGCCAAAGGGACGUCACCAGACUGGAAGCCUGAUUAAAGUCAGUAACAGUUAAUUGUCAGUAAUUGCUUUUCUCCCCACCUCCCUCAUCAGAUGACCAACUUCAUUCAGAAUGUCUUAUUUAUUUACAUAUUUAUUGCAGAAGUGUGAUUUUGGAAAACUAAAUCCACAUUUUAGGAUCUUUAUCAGGGCCAGAUUGAUAGAAGGCUCCUUCCCAGUUUAGUCUUUUGAACAUUGCAUGGAUAAGACUUGAAUUUACCCAACUUUUCAGGGCGAGUUUGAUAGGAAAAUAAAUAAAUAAAUGAUCAAAGCAGACAGGAAUAUUCACUCUCAAGUUACUAGUUACAGCUUAAAAAGUAGGGUUCAAUCUUCAGCGACUAUAAUUUGAUGGAAACUUCUGAAUUAUUUGGUUUGCAGAAAUAUUUAGUUUAGAUUUUUUUUUUCAGCUUAAUAAAAGUCGUCGCCAAAACUGUUCGGAUUCAUUCCCCUUAUGACCGCAUCUCAUAAACAUCUGUCGGCGUGAGGGAGAGGAAAUAUGUUUCCCGUCUUAUGCAUGUGACCAUUUAUGCUUCAAUUUAAAAAAAAACAUUUCUUUGUUUGUUUAUUUAUUUAUUUAUUUUUCACAUGUUAUUGUUUCAUCUUGACAAAAGACUACCCUGAUCCAAAUUUGUCGCAUAAAAAAAUAAAUUCUGAUGCUAAUUCUCACAACGUGAUAAUGAAGCCUACUCAUUACUUUGGUAACAGAUCAACAGGACUUCUUUUGGGAGUGAGUGGAAUACCUUUUACAACACACUGAAUCCGGGGCGUUUACGUCCCAUUUCUAAAAAGGAGAUUUGGGUUCUUUUGUUGCCUUUUAUUCAAAAUCUACUGCCAGCUUUUCCUCAUUAGGUUCCAGGAACCACCAAUCAAUUAGUUUUAGAUUAAUACCACAGGCUAUACGGGCAGAGCGGCAUUUUAAAAAUAAUCACUUCAUUUGUAACAAUAGGAGGAGUCAGGCUGAGGUUACCUGCAAAGACCCCGGAGGCCUUUAGUUAAGGAAUAACAUUAGCUCAGAUAUUCAUCCGUUCAGCCCGACCAAACGGAAAGGUCAAUUAUUCCUUUCUGUCCACAGUUACAUGUGCUUUUUCCUACAGUCUUAAAAUUAUUCUUUGAUCUAAUUGUUCUUCAAACAGAUUUUCUUCACCCACCCUUAAUCACACCUAGUAACUCCAUAUUCGACCGUCCUCAGUAGCCAAGCCUUGCUCCUGCGUACGCCUUUAGAUAUUACAUUACAAGAGCAAAGUGUUUAUCCCACUUCCUAACAAUGAGAAGUGUCUACCUUGAGCCCCACAGGACCAGAAUCCAGACAACAAGACUGCCAAGUGUACAGAUACUGUACCUUUGGGAUUACCAGCGUGCCACCUCUUUAGUCUUUCUAAAGAAACAGCGAUGAAUCAAUGAAGAGGUUCUGAUGUCGGUCUAAAGCCUCCAGAGGGGAAAAAAAUACACAAUGGAAUUUUUUUGGACUUGUGGCAAUCUCAAUGGAAAUGAUUCAGAACUGUUGUGAACUGUUGAAGUAAACAGGGCAGUGAUCAGAUAAGGUGUAUGCUCAGCAUCAAUAGUAUAGCCACUGUGAUUAUAGAUGCUUUGGAAAAAGCAAAUCGGGUCAAACGGGAAGGAUUUUUCUGUUUAAAUAAGAAUUAUGCUUUUUGUUAACGACUCUCACAUUUCUGGGUAUCGCAGUGUUUUUAACAAUUCUGCUGGCUGCCUCGGGGAUUCAUCACUAAACCACGUUGGUUGCUCAUUUCAGGUUUUUCUUUUCUUCUUUAGUUCAGAUUUAUUCAUCUAUCCAUCCAUUUUCUGAACCCGCUUGUCCACGUAGGGUCGCGGGGGGGCUGGUGCCUAUCUCCAGCGGUCAACGGGCAAUCAGGCGGGGUACACCCUGGACCGAGAGCCAGUCCAUCGCAGGGCAACACAGAGACACACAGGACACACAAUCAUACACAAACACACACACACACACACACACACACACACACACACACACACACCUAAGGACAAUUUUAGACAGACCAAUUAACCUAACAGUCAUGUUUUUGGACUGUGGGAGGAAGCCGGACUACCCAGAGAGAACCCACGCAUGCACAGGGAGAACAUGCUAACUUUUUUUUAAUAGGGUAAUAUAUUUAUGUUGUAAACAUGUAACAUAUGAAACAUUUUUACAUCAGAUACAUCUCAGAGAGCUGCCUUUUGGUGAUGAGUAUUUUAUGAUAAUGUGUAAACUGGUUGAACAGUCCUGCUUCUGACUGACGAGCUAAACAAGCUGGGCGAUCUUAUUGUCUCGUCCUACGAUUCCCUUUCAGUUCUUCUGAUAUCUUCCAUCAUAAAAUUGUUCAAGUUACCCGUCUAAACAAAGCUAAGUGACAGGAGAUUGGAUGCACAGCUGCUUGGAGUGUAUGCGUGAUGUGUGAUGCAGAGGUUCACUGAGAAACACUGAAUAGUUGCUCUUUUCGAAGUACGAGUCAUCGUGCUGGAUUCACUUGCAUGCUGAAUUGGAAUAAAAGGGGAAAAAAACGGAUGGGGAAAGAGUCAGGUCCGAAAAAGCCAGACGGAUCACCGUCACUGGAAAUUAGCAUUCAUGGACUCGGCUCACAACCACAAGGUUGAGCUUUUUACUCAAUAAAGAAGAGUGAAUGUAGGCAGCCAAAGAGUUGCAUUGCUCUUAGCCAAUCAGAGGCAAACAUCUGUGGAAAAGUGUCUUCAACUGACAUUUAACAGAGGAGGAGGCCUCAGGUUUCAUCUUUCCAGCACCUACACUGCAGCUUUAUAUCUAAUUCCAAAACAGUUUCAGUCUAAGUCACACUGUCCUGUCAUCUACGUCCAUCCAUUUUUAGCUGCUUAUCUGGGGUCGGGUCGCGGGGGCAGUAGGCUAAGCAGGGAGGCCCAGACUUCCAUCUCCCCAGCCACUUGGACCAGCUCCUCUGGGGGAAUCCCAAGGUGUUCCCUGGCCAGGUGAGAGACAUAUUCCCUCCAGCAUGUCCUGGGUCUUCCAUUAGGCCUUCUCCCAAUUGGUCGUGCCCGGAAAACCUCACCAGGGAGGCGUCCAGGAGGCAUCCUGACCAGAUGCCUGAGCCGCCUCAACUCGCUCCUCUUGAGCAGGGGCAGCAGUAGCUCAACAGGUUGAGCGGGUUGUCCAGUAAUCGGAAGGUUGCAGGUUCGAUCCCGGCUCUGGACAGAGAAUUCUGCUGUUGUGUCCUUGGGCAAGACACUUAACCCACCUUGCUGGUGGUGGUCAGAGGGACCGGUGGCGCCUGUGCUCGGCAGCCUCGCCUCUGUCAGUGCGCCCCAGGGCAGCUGUGGCUACAUCGUAGCUCAUCACCAUCAGUGUGUGAAUGGAUGAAUGAUACACUGUAGUGUAAAGCACUUUGGAGUCCUUACUCUGAGAGGCGCUAUACAAGUGCGGGUCAUUUAUCAUGUGAUAAACUCAUUUUGGCCACUGUCGCGGCUGUUGCUGUUUGCCUCAGAAAACGGACGCUGCAGAGGACAACCAGUGCUGCCUCCACCUCCUACCUGCACAGCUGCACUCACUUGGCCUGAUCACCUCCUGAGCAGCGUAAAAGGGAGAGCUGCCAGGAGGAAGAGGGAGACUGGAUCUGUGCCAGUCUCUCAUGUGCUCCAUUUGUUUGUGUUUUAAUGGCUUUUAAAUGGGUUUUUAGUUCUUUAAGCUUAGUGAAGCUUAAGAGCUUUUGGAGGUUUUUAACAGACGAGGGACCAGAGUGCUGGUUACCUCUUGGCUCCCAAACUUGUGUUUAAGUCAGUGGACUUUGUUUUGUGAAUGUUUGGGAGCAUUCGAUGUCUGUUUUAAACGUAAGCCCUUGGUCAUUUUAACAAUGUGUUUAAGUACUUUUAGAUUUGGGGCUUUUUGUCAUUUUAAAAUCCUUUUAAUAAAUCAAUGUUUACAAUUUCCACAACUGAAGCACAUGCCUCUGUGUUACUCCCCGUCCUUCUCCAUAUCCACCAAUAGAGGACGUAACAGCCGCUUGUAUCCGCAAUGUCGUUCUUUCGGUCUCUACCCAAAGCUCGUGACCAUAGGCGAGGGUAGGAACGUAGAUCGACCGGUAAAUCGAGAGCAUCGCCUUCUGACUCAGCUCUCUUCACCACGACAGACCGGUACAACGCCCGUAUCACUGCAGACGCAGCACCAAUCCGCCUACCGAUCUCACGCUCCAGUUUUCCCUCACUCGUGAACACGACCCUGAGAUACUUAAACUCCUCCAUUUGGGGCAGGACCUCAUCCCUGACCUAGAUAAGGCAUUCUACCCUUUUCCAACUCACUGUCCUGCAUCUAAUCACAACAAACAUUCCCACACAAUAGAGCCUAAUGACUCCGACUCCUCAGGGGGUGUGGAAGAGGGGGGUUCAUAUGUAGUUCCUGCUUGUUAAGCAACAACAGACAGCUACAAUUUAUAAGCUUGACCCUCCCAUAUUCCAGUUAGAAUUGACAGAGCUGCUUGGAUGAGAAGCAAAACAUCAGCCAGCAAAAGUCUCUGCUCCUUCCAUUAACUUUUACUUCCAGAAACAGGAGCACCAGAGCUGUUUUCCUCAAAAAACGACUCAUAUACUGGAGAUCAAAGCUAAUAAAUUAAUAAGAGUAUGCCCAUUUUAUGGUUUAAGGAACAUUUAUGCAAUUUUUUUCACAUGCUUAAUUUUUUGCAAUUACAUCAAGUCACACAUGUGACCUGGCCAUAAAUAAAACUCCUCACAAAAAUGUCAAAUAUUCCAUUUCUGUGUGAUUCUGACUGGUUGCCAACAAUUGCAGACCACUGCAUUAUAACAUUUUGUUCUUUUAUUACCAAGCCAAAGCUCUGACAUAACAUAGGGAGAAUGAAAUAAUUUUUAGCUGUAGUGGUUUUCAUCUGAAACUUAAUUUCAUGGAUUUUUCACGAAUACACUGAAGAAAAAGUUCAGACCUGGUGAAUAUGAAACUAUCUACUUUGCAAACACUGAGGGGAAGGGAAAGACUUGCUUUCAGGCCUUAUUACCAAAUGUUCAAUAAAUUAAUCUGGAGAUUUUACAAAAGCUUCUAACAGAAAAUAAAAACUUAUAAUCUUUCACAUUUGGAAAUCUGAAGAAUUUGACAUAUUUUAACAUUACAACAUUCUGCACAGCCUCGGCAGCGAUUAAUGCUAGUAGAGUAUUUUAGCACUUUAUUUCAGCACUGUGAUCCUUAAGUACUCAUUGGCUGUGUCUAAAAGAAAAUGUCUCCUCGAAGGUGUUGCCCUUUAUGGUUGUUUCUAAUUGAAAGCUACGUACUGCAGCUGUUUACUCCUGUUUAUUAUUUUAAGUCGCUCUCAGCCCCGGCUACUUUUGCAGGCUCCACAGAGGAAGCAGGACUGUCGUUCCAGUGCACAUAGUUGUUAUCUGUCCGUUGUUGAGAAAAAAAUCAUCGAUUUGUUGAUUCAAUCGUUGGUUGAUCUGAUCGUUGUGACUCAUCAUCGACGACUAACCGAGGAAGUUUCCUGGUGAAAGAAACAAACACGGAGGAGUUUUUAACCGGGGGCUAACUGUGACAAACACACUCUCCGACACAAACACACACAUAAGCUAAUGUAGAGAAUCAACGAUUAUAUUGUACGUGUUUGAAUAGUUUAGAGUUCCACUUUAUGGACAUGAAAUGUAACACAUACACACACACGCACACUUUAGCACACGGAGAUCCUUGUGCACACACGGCGUGACACGCCACAUUAUCAAAUGCCUACACUACAAAUGAGCUCAUUAUUUAAAUUGUUUACAGACGCAAAUAGUCUUAAAAGUGCCAAAAAAGGCAAGUGUAAUGAGAACGUGCAAAGGAACCAAACAUCUGUGGAAAAAUGUCUUCAAUGUGCUGAAUGUUUGAUUUAAGCUUUUGUGUUUUUAUUUUUUAUAACUGCUCACCUUCCCUUGUUCCUACUCUUCUGUUACAACUGUGUUUCCAUCGUUGCGAAGAAUUCUGUCACAUGUGAAGUUUUCAUGGCUCCCCCGGUCUAUCUUUAAACUCCAAGCUAGCAAAUGUGUUUUAACGAAGAGCACAAUUUAUAGUCAGUAAGUGGAACCAGGCAUACGUGAAUCUUUAGCUGGCUUUGGGAAAUCAUAAGGAUUCACUGUUUUUGUCUAUGAGCAGAUCCAGCCUGAGCCAAACACCUUCACAGCUGUGUAGAAGAGCUGAUAACACACAUGUCACACUGAAGUUGUUCCCAAGUCUUUUACUUUUCUUUCAGGAGCAUCUGAAGGAAAAUUAUGGUCUGGUCCUUUUUGACUAUUUCUGCUUUGCUGCUGCAAAUGGUUUCACAGUAAACGGGGGCACUAAUGCACAAAAUGUUUCUGCCUCUCAAAGAAAAGUGAAACUAUUUUUGAAACUGUCAACCGUGUUUAAGGAAAACAGGUGUAACAAUUUAUUUUAUUUUUUCGUCGAAAGGAGACUGCAGUUUUAGCUUGCUUUUAGCACCCCCUAGUGUCCGUUUAGUGAAACUUACAUCCUCGUUUUGCGUUUGUCUUUUUAACUCCAUUUUUUAACAGCUGAAAUGUCUCCUCAGCCUUCAUUAGUUUCUACAAGAGUGGUUCAUCACCAAAAUAAUUAAACCAGCUGUGUAAUUGAUCUAAAACAUGCAGGAAACGAGCUGGAAGCAGACUGCAGCGCCAGAUAUGUCAGCUCCACUUUUUGUAAGUUAAACAGGAGGCAGCCCGCCACUCUGAAGUCUGGCAUUCUCUCCACUGAGAGCGGUGGGGGCAUGAGAAACAUUUCCUUAACUCUGAAAAGGAUCAUUUUAGCACGUACUGGCUCAAGAAAAUGAUUUAAAUAUGAAAAAGUUGCAUAAUAUGGCUUUGAACAAGUAUCAGUUAGCCCUCGUUUACUGGUCAUCCUAGUCUUUCUGUACCCUAUUUUGCACCUUACGUGUCGAUACCUUCACUUCAAAAAGACAAACUCUGUUGUGUCAAACUGCAGCUUUUCCUGAACACAUUCUGAACUAAACACCGGGCAGAACCGCUGAUGAUAUGAGUGUGUAUGAGUGUGUCUGUAAGAAUAUGAAUGUGUGAUUGAGGGAUUUUGUCAGGAAGGUCCGUUCUGUGGAGGGAGUGACAGCUCAGGCAGGGUAUCUGAAGCAUUUUUAAUUAAUCUGCCUUUCAGUCUCCGGGGCUCUCCAAUAAGGCUGUGCUCAUUCACUGGCUUGCUGUCACUCACGGACACACACACACACACACAUGCACACACUCUGUUGCUCUGUAACACAAGCAGAGAUUGUAAUUGCAUGCUGCCAGUGUCAUGCAUGCUUAUCGUUUACAAGUUUGCAGUCUGAAUGCAAACAAUCAGCUGAACAAGCACCACACACAAACACGACUCCUGUAUAACGACACGAUCCUUCAGAAAGCAGCACACCAGUGUCAUUUUGCUUCAUUUUACUGGUUGAGAGAACAUUUUCUCUUCACCCCUCAGCUCAUUUUUACCUGAUUAACAUCAGCACAGCAGGGUUAGUUAGUGCUCUCACAACCAGUGUGGUAUGAUGAUUGCCUGUUUAGCAGCAAAGGGCAAAAUUAUACUGAACAGAUGUCCAGUGGGGAUGGUUUUGGGAAUAUUUUAAACCCCUUUACCUCCAACUGGAAUAAUUAUCUUGCAACUGAAGUUUAGCUCUUUAAAAUCAAGAGAAAAAGCCACAAGCAAGAUAAAAAGCAAAGUGAAGCACAAAAUAUGAGAAUUUUUUUUGAAAGGGGGAAAAAAUGCUACGAGAGGAGACGCUUAUCAUUUCAACUCUAGAAAGCCAAUUUUAGCAGCUCGGUGUCUGCAGUGCAUCUUAGUGUCCCGUUGUUAAAUCCCUUUGUGUAAACGACCUUGGCGCACAGAUCUGUGGAAAAGAAGCUGGAUUAUACAAGGGGUGUCUGCGUGUUGACAGUGCAGCUGAGAGCCGACAGCUGGAAAUAUCCGCGAGUGAACGAAGCGCCGAAGCUGAAAACAUCUCUGACACCUUCGCUGUGGUCAAAGUGUGAGUGAUUGUAGAUAUUUUUAAAGAUUAUUCUACAGCAAGUACAUUUUAUCAGCAAAUCUGUCAAACGGAUCGAAACCAAAUCCAAGUCAUUUUAAAAACCGUGUGAGUUUGUGUCAGUAAAAGGUGUAGUUAGCAGACGCACACGAACAACAUGAAAAAAGACUAGAAAUCAUAUAAAAGUUUAAUGUUCUAUCAUCCUUGGUCUAACCAGCCCUAGCCUGAGUGUGCUGUUGCCAAAGAUUUGUGUGUGCCCUUUAAGCACUUGAGAAAACAGUGAAAGGUUAGAAACUUUUUUGUAAAUCAGGGCACUAACAUUUUGAAGCUUCUUUUUGAAUUUCAGUGUGCCAUUUGUGAAACUCCACAAGGUAGCACAUUUAGAAAAUUAGCCACAAAUUGGUUCCCUUUAUAUUACUUCUAGCUAAAAGGACAUCUGACCGGUAAAAAUUCCUCAAGACGGGGAACUCUUUUAAAAAAGCUACAGCACCGAGCCGUCUGACGAGGAGCAAGUCGUUCAGGCUCAGCAGAGUUAAGAGCAGCACGUUAAUACAUUAGAAGAAAAGUGCAGCAGCACCCACCUCCUGCCCCUUCUCACUUAACUAACAAUUGCUUUGGCAAUUACUAACUCAAGAACACGAUCUGAGGGAAACGCUGAAGCUUUCUGAAACUCUGCAGGGUCAACAGAGUCUGAAUUUAAUAACAGGCACCCAAACGGAAAGCUGUUUAUUGCAGCUAUACGGAGGCAGGUUGUUGAUGGUGAUGUUCCACAGAUAAACAUAACAAAGCAACAUUCAUUACAUACUAUUUUGUAUUUUUUUGUGUGCAGACUUUCAGUAAAAAUCCCCAUUUUCUAUUACAGUAUGUCCAAAUACCUCACACUGCAUGUGAAAUCAGUGGUAAAUACACUGAUAAUGAUGGACAAUCAGUGUAGGAACUCGUAAUCAGCUGUGAAAAGAGUAGUUCGACUAAAGUCCUUUUUUGUGCCUCAUUGAUUUAUAUGAAGGUGUUCAGGUUUUCCCCGAUGGGAAUCUGCUGGAAGAAGUGGCCGUUGCCUUUACAGUCUUGUACACCAGACUUUGAUCAAUUAAUCACGGCCCGCUGAGGACUGAGACAUGUACUGGCAUGAAAAUUCUCAAUUUUAAGGCCCUCCGUCACACGAGAUAAAGGCAUCUCGAAGAUGUACAUAAAAUAAAUCUGCCAGAGCAUGUACAUGGAUGCUCUAGGCAGGUUUGUCAGGGGAGUUUUGAGUAUUAAGGCUCCUCGUUGAUUUGUGAGUACUCUGAUUUUUUGUAACAAGGUUGGUUUAUGUAACAAAACCCUAGGUGGAGCAUGGUGGCCACGCAUCCAAGACAGUGGAAACAAAUGCACCGUCUUUGAGAAUUCCAAACGUCCAGCCUCAUGUCUGCAGCCCCAUCACGAGAUGUUUGAGAAUUCUGAAGUUGUCUAAAGCCCGGCGCACACAGCAGGAUUUCAAAACAGUUGUCCGAUCUUUAAAGGAUGUGCGACCAUGCAGACGGUCACAGAAAUAGCAGUUUUGGUCCAACAGCAAGUUGGCAACCCCCCAAUCCGCUUUCUCUCACAGGUUGGGAAUCUAUUUCCAACUAUAAUGAUCGUAUGUGGCUACCGAGUGUUGGACAUGAUGACUAGCCGACAAAUUUGUUGUGGUUUUUGAUUUCGUUGUUAUUUAUUCAAACUAACAAAGUACAGCAGCAGUGUAGCUAGCUAGUCUCUUAUUCUUCUUAGUUGAAUUGGCAGACUCCAUGCUUCCAGGGCGCACUGCUGCCCUCUGCUGUUUCUUUCAGGUUACAGUCAUAGUGCAAACUCGUAACGCGAAGCUCAUACGUCCACAGAUAGCUGCUGUAUUUCAAGAUGGUGGAUGGCCAUGGAGCAUCAGUCACAGUUUGUGUAUUUGAAAAUGUAAAAUUUCAAGCUGAGAGGAAUAUUUACAAUUGAAGUAGGUGGGAAAUAUUAAUGCAAAUGGACACGUUUGUGCACUGGAUACACAGAGUUUUGUAGUAAACAGGUGGAACUAUUACACACUGGGGCUUUGAUGUUUCAUGAUUUCACCAGAGAUAUGCAUUUAUUUUCAUUCUUUAUCCCGUGCAACAUAUUAGGUCUGUAGUUGAGAGAAAUGUCAAGCCCAGCAAUCGAUCACAGGCAGCAGCUUUGGUUGCCGGUGGAGACGGGCGGAACAGUCAAGGUUGCUAGGUAGCUGAUAAGAACACGGGCUCUCAUUAAUUGCCUUCUGUCACUGUGUUGGAGAAGUUGCUGGGUGGCUAAUUCUGCUGCACAUAUGCAUGCACAAACACUUGCACAAACACACAUACACACACACAGUGAUGUGCACGAAGCUUUCAGGCACAUCCCAUGAGUUAAUGACCUUUCCAGACCAGCAUCUAUCUUCUGAGAGUCUGUGAAAAAGGAUCAAAGCAAGAGAGAUGCAGACAUGCAAACGAGGAAACAAGAUUUAAACAUCUUUCAACAUUUAUGAGGUAACAAUUACUGAUUUAUUUAUUAAUUUCCUGCCUUCCCGAUAAUUUGUCUGGACAAGCAUGAGAUUCUCAGAAUCUGAAAGAGGUACAACCAUGCCCCGAGCAAGCUCUUCCUUUAUGAAAUCCGCUUGAAAUGUGAGCAUCAUUAUCCUACCAGUUGAGGGCUAAUUUGGACAGCUUCUGGAAAAUUGCAGCCUCAAGGUGGUGAUGUCAUCCGUCUUUUGGUCAGAAACGUAAUCGGCAUUCACCUCUGAUGAGCCGGCUCGGAGUCGUUCGAUUUGAUGAGACAGUUUGGGUCCCAUGCUGACUUUCAUCAAAGCUUUGCUGUGAAAAACAACUCGACAAUCCCGGCUGGUUUUUGUUCAGGGCUUUAAUUUGUGAAGCUACCUCAUUAAAUAAGCACCAGUAUACAUCUGUUAUCUCCUAAAGCUGCAGAAUGUAACCCUCUAGAGUAUAAUCGUUGUAGGAUUAAACCAAGGCAUUACUUUUUGUGUCUAAUAGUCAAACUCUUCACCAUCUUUCCAAACAAAUUACAAAUAAGCAGUGCUUUAGCUUUGACUUAUUAAAAAGGAGUCAUCUUUUAAUGGCCUCCUCAUUAUUAAAUAAACAGCUGUUUUAAUACCCAUAAAUAAUAACAUGAAAGCUUAAUAGAACAUUUUUUGUGUCAUUUCAAAAAGGAGAAGGCUCACAGUCGGUGAUGCCAGAGUGAGCACAGUGUGUUGAGGACAUUGUGUACCAGCCCACACCAUCACACUGUGCAAAGUUUUGCUUUAGGGAUGCUGUGAAAUGCGGUUAGGAUUGUCAGUCUGACUGUUGGAUCAUCAGGUUUGGGGGUAAAAGAUGUCAAGAUAGAGAAAGGUGAAGAAGAUAACUGUGGUGAAAAACAAAGAAGUUUCAAAAGGUAAAGCACAUAAAAAGCUGAGAGGAAAGUGGAGUCCUUUUCGUUUACUUCUAAUUCAAGAAUGAUGAGAAAAUGCAUGGGAUGCUGAUGUGGAAAUUAAAGGGCUGUGCUUGAAGGAAUCCACAUCGCCCAUUUUCUUAUAGUCCAGACUUGAAAAUUUGGAUAAUUUUAUUUUAAGAAAUAAUCGACUCAUGGGCAUUUUAUUUAAAUCUGAUAGAUAAUCUGUUCAGUCUCACACAUUCUUGCAAGAUCUCACCCAAUCUGUUACCUUUUGCAGAAUGUGGUGGAAAUAGCAUUUAGCUCCUUCUAGAGCAAACUGUAGUUCAAUGCCUUAGAAACUAAAGGUAGCUGUUUUUGUGCUGACUAAAUGUGAUUAGCUCUUACUGACACAUUUUUAUAUAUGGCGGUAAGAGCUAAUAUAUGUAUAUAUGUAUGUAUAUAUAUAUAUAUAUAUAUAUAUAUAUAUAUAUAUAAACUGUUAGCUCCUACGCUCCAGUGGAACCUCUGCUGCACCAUCCAGUAUUGUAGCUGUUAAUCACAGUGUGUUUAUUUAGAGAAACAUUUUAUGUUUAUGUUUUAAGUAAUUCUUCCACAGUGUAAUGGCAGAUUGCCCCGUUGACUGACAUCUGUAACGGUCAUAUCGCAGCGCUUUAUUGGUUUGGUGGGCCAAUCACAGCAGUCUUACCAGCCAGGUGGGUGGGAUGUUACUGCGACUGAGUGAAACUAAGAUGGUGAUGGCUCUAUUGUGGUCUAAUCACAGCGCUCUAUUGGCUUAAUGGGCCAGUUACAGCACUCUAAUAAAAAAUAGAUGGCGACGACUCGUUUGAAACGGCUUUGGCUUCAACUUUGGACUAUUUAGACUUAGGCUUGCCUUUCAGUCAAGAGCAGAUAGAGGUACUUGGGUUUAUUUAGGAAAAGGAUGUAUGUGCAUCUUUGAUGUAGUAUGGUGGACUGCCUCAUUGACAUCUGUAGCAGCAAGUGUGUCACGUUGUUUGUUAUCCAGUAGCAUGUGGAGACAGUUUGAAACAGUGUUUCCCAACCCUGGUCCUCAGGGACCACUGUCCUGCAUGUUUUCCAUGUUGCCCUUUCAAACAGCAGUGUGUCUCCUCUGCCACACACCUGACUUAAAUGAAUGAGUGAUUAACUGGUAUCUGCAGCACUUGAUGUCCUCCUGAGGAGCCGAUGUAAAUCAGGUGUGCUGAUGCAGACAUGGAAAACAUGUAGGACAGUGGUCUCUGAGAACCAGGGUUGGGAAACACUGAGAGUCCUAGCUCCAGCCCCACAACUGAAAGUCGUCAAUGGGCCGUGGCCAGAAUAUGCAUCCACGUACAUAGGAUGGCUUGCCAGGCUAAUGCUUUCCUGCUGAUUAAGCUUUAGUGUAUUUUCUGAUUAACUAGGAAUUAUUUCUUUAAGAUGGUUUCCUCCUUUUAAGAGAAACAGAUCCACUUCAGAUUCAUGGUUAUAAUAAAUACCAUCUAAACAGUAACCACAUACUGGUGAGGAGCAUCCUGCAGUACACUUUUAGCAUGUUUUAAAAGUUUGUCUGAAUGAUAUAUAUACUUCCCGUGGGUGGAAUCUGCCCUGCACAGCAUCUCCUACUGUGGAAAACACAGAAGAAAACAAUCAAAACAAAAUGUAGUAGUAAUAGGCAACAUUUUAGGGUUACAGUGAAUUGUUUGUAUUAAUCUACAACAACAAGCUGCCAUCUUUUCCUCUAAACGAAUCAUAACAUUUUCUGCAACAUACCUCUGUAUAACCUUGACUGUCUGAGGUUUGGAUCUUCUCACUUCACGCCCUGUUUUGGGCCAGCAGACACUACAUCCUGACCGAUUUUAAAAUAGAUCUUCCACCCAUGAAAUUCAUGAGUGAUUCAUUGCAGAUUUAUGUGAGAGUCAAAGUCAUGCCAAUGAUUUUUUAAAUCAGUUCUUUUCCACUAUAAAGAGUAAAGAAAGGUCAAGAGCCAAAGUUAAAGACAGACAAAAGAAAAAAACUUCAAGGAUUCCAAAAGUGUCUCAUAAGACAUGAUAUAAGGCGUCUGUUGUGCUCCAGACAGAAAAAAACACACAAUUGGCAUGCAGAGAGAUGGUUGUGGGAGACUUGGAGAUAGAUGGAAUGAGACUUUCCAGAAAUGAUUCUGAGUCUUGCAUGGGUGAGCACUGACCCCCUCUUUUCUAAGCCCUAUCCCAUCUUUUUCCGCUCAUCCCUUUCACUCUUUUAGUCUCCAUCACUUCCCCAUUUUUCCCGUUUCUUUUUCCCUGUGCACCCACACCCCUGUGACCCUCACCCCUCCUCCCCCUCCUGUGCUCCCUUGCUGCUGGACUGACUCCAUGUUUUAGGGUUUUAACUAAAAGCGGUCUAGCAUCUCUAAGAAAGAUGACAAAUCCCCUGUGUGUGACAGAAACCAAUGCAUGAGUCCUGCAAAAUGACAUCAUCAAUGUGAGGGUGUACAAAUAUGACUAUUAUUAUUAUUAUUGUUGUUGUUUAUUGACUGGUGCAUGAAAAAUAGUUCUGAUGCUAAAGGAUCCACCGCUCCAUUAUAGCUGAGAUCUUGUUAUCAGAGCUACUUUUCCAGAUUGGACAAAAUGAACAGAGAGAGGGGGGGAGGGAGGGAGAAAAGGAAGCUCCUGUGAUUAAAAACUGAUAAAACAGCAGCAGCACACACACACACACACACACACACACACGCACGCACACACACACACACACACACACACACACAUUUUGGUCCACUGGAGACAAAGAAACGUUGACCCCACUGAGGGUCUUUGAGAGCCAGAGAGCUGCAUGUCAGUGAGACAUAUGAAAGAGAUGAUCUGCCUCAUAUCCCACUGUGCAUUAGAACAGUAAAUGCUCAAUUAAAAGCAACUAUUGAACAGUUUAAUAAGGGAGAAUCAAUGGUACUUAUCAAAACAAUGAAAACCAAAAAAGAGGAACAGCUUCAGUCAGUGUGGUUACCUGUGUACUGACUGACAUCAAAGUCGAUCCAAAUCAAUCUUAUUGUAAUGAGCUGGGAGUCUUUAUCCUAGUUUACAUGUGCAAUAGAAAACCAGUCUCUUAAAUAAAAUGUGUUCCACUCCAGUCCAGUAGGUGGCGACAUGCCCCUUUUCAUGCCGGCAUUCUUCCGGUUAGCUUAUAGCAACACAAGCAGUAAACAGAGGCUGGUGGGAGUGAAGCAGACAGAAUUGAAACUAGAUAUGCACAAUGGCUGAAGGAAUGUGUAACAACAACCCUGCAGCACAGCUUAUUUGGUACGUACGGUCAUGUUUUACGAUAUUACGCGUAUAGCUUUGUGAUGAUGGUCUUGCCAGAACACCGCUUCCGUGAUCUUGUCCCUUCCAGAAUGCGAGUGUCUUACUGGUUUUGCUCGGCUGAUCCGUUUACAUGUGAAUGUAAUCGGAUCGCUACCCUAUUAUCUAGGUGCUUCAGCUCGAUUAAGUCCAUUUCACCUUCCGCCAGGCUAACACGUUUACAUGCAAUUUAGAAAACUGACAUGAGUCUUUUUAGAGCAAUAGUUCAGUUUUCUUAUGUGCAUGUAAACCCGCUGACUGCAGUAAACUGAAGAACUUAAAAGACGGUAAAACUCUGUGGUUCCCAAAUACUUGUUCCCUUUGGUAAGUCAUUAAGAAGCUGCUGCAUGUAUUCAUUCAGAGCUUUUUCCACACACAACUAACGUUGUUUUCUUCAGAUUAUUGCAACAUUUUGUCAUUUUGAUUGUAUUCCCCUUCACCAACGUCAGUAACAGUGUUGCUGUGCUUGGAUCAGUUUUUAUUCUCUUGUCGACUGUUGUUGAUGGUGUAACCGUAAAACCAAUGUUUACACAAACAGUUUUAAAGAUUAGAGUAUUUUUAGACAGCACUAAUGGUGGACUGGUCGUUGGUCCAACAAUCUUGUUGGAUAUAACGCUUUCUUCAAACGGAUGGCUUCCAGGAACAGAUAUGAUGGGUAACCGGUAGUAAUUAUAACAUAGAACCAUGCUUGAAAUGGCUGAAAUAUCCCUUUAAAACUAUCUGCAGUGGUUGUGAAUAUCCCCUGAGACCACUAAAGUGACUCCCUUAAUUUUGUUUUAUAAAUCUAAAUUUGGGUGUUGAUUAAUCAGUUUUUUUGAGUGAUUUUAAUUUAUUUAAAUUUUGGAAAAAGUGAUAAAGUGACAUCUUUAUGUAAGACUUGCAGUAGCUAAGUAACAGAAACAAAGUUUAGAAUGUGAAGGUGAACAAAAAACAACUGUGUAAUUAAUAUUGGGUCACGAUUUAUUUUUAUUUUUUUUAACUGACAGAAAAAACAAUGUUUUGGUCAGUCGCUGUUUUCUGUUGGGAAAACACAACAAAGUGCGUUCUCUUUCUUACUCUA